CUAAUCCCCUUCAACAAGAAAGUCUAGAACUUUCUACACCCAUCUUCCACCUCCCUCUUUCUAUUUAUCGCUCUCGCCACAAAUCCAACACCAGUGAACACACACACACACACAGUAGCACAAUCAAAUCAAUUGUUUUUAGCAAUGGCGAAGCGUUUGAUCCCAACACUCAACAGAGUCCUCGUGGAGAAAAUCGUCGCUCCAUCCAAAACCACAGCUGGUAUUCUUCUCCCAGAGAAAUCAUCCAAGCUGAACUCUGGUAAAGUGGUUGCAGUUGGACCGGGAUUGCUGAACAAAUCCGGGAACACAAUCCCAGUCGCUGUUAAAGAAGGAGAAACUGUUCUCUUGCCUGAAUAUGGCGGAACUCAAGUCAAAUUGGGUGAAAAAGAGUACCAUUUGUACAGGGAUGAAGAUAUCUUGGGCAUCCUGCACGAUUGAUUAACGAUUGACGUCUCGGAAUUGACGUCUCGGAACUGUGAAUUGAGGUUAAUUUGGGGAAGUAUUUAAUUUCAUGUUUCUUGAGUUUUUAGGUGUGGGCUCUUUUGGUUGUAACUGAUUAAAGACUCUGCCUAUCGCGGUCGCUACUUUCGGAAUUUUAAUUAGUCUAAUGAGAAUUUGAAAGAUUCAAUAAUUGCAUUUGUUUGCGUAUUGCUUUGCUCUCGGUUCAGUUUCGUCAGUCGUUCCGUUUUUUAGUUCGAUUAUGUGGGUUAUCUUUAAUAACUUAUACAACGAGUUUUCGUGCGAUU